AUGAGGGGCACGAGGUUACACUGGUGCCCUCCCAAAGCCCCAGAACCCGGUCCUCCGGGCUGCGGGGACGGGGGGCGGGGAUGGGGGGACUCACCCGCGAGGCUCGCGGGAGCGCCCCGCACGCUUGGGGCGAAAAGGAGUGGCCCGCCGAGCGGCGGCGCCAAGCGGGAGCCCGCUCCCGGCGUGAGGAGGGAGCGCACUGAGGGCGGUCGGGGAGGGGAAAGGAGAGGAGGCGAGGGGACCCGUCACGGUCGGCCCGGCCGCUCCGGCGCGGCCGCGCGGCUCUGCGCCCGCCUCCGCCUCCUGCGCUCGGCCCCUCCCCGCCGCCCGCCGCCCCCCGCCCCGGCACGCUCCGCACUCCCGGGCCCGCCGCGGACCGAGCUUUGUCGCUACUACUUCCGCCGCGAGAGGAGCGCGCGCACGCGCACUGUCACGCACGGGCGCCGACGGCGGAAGUGGAGCUCGGGCCGCGCCGCCCGCCGCGAAAGCGUGGUUGGUUGCGGGUGCGGAGCAGUCCCGCGGGAGGGCGCGCCGGGUGCGAGGCCCUCCCCGGCCCUCCCCGGCCCUCCCCGCCCUGUGGAGGCUCCUCGCCGACCCCCGGUGCCCGCCCGUUUCCACGCACCCACUGGGCGCGAGGGGCGGAGGCCCAGCCCCGGCCACGCAUCGUCGAGAGGCCGCCGCGGGGCCGGGCCAAGCGGGCGGGCCCGCGCGUGCUCCGCGCCCCGCAGGUGUCCGAGGGUCCGCAGGUGUCCCGACUCCUCCCCACGUCGGGAUGGCCGUCACAAUCUCGGCGGGCGACGCGAGGACCUCCGAGGGAAGGGGCGAACGCAGAGAGACUGCGGUCCUCCGUGGGACUUGCCACCCGCCCUCGCAGGCCCCCGGGGCGGCCGCUUGGCUCCGACCGCGGGCGCAGGUCGUGGCGGGGCGACUUCCCGAAGUUGUGCGCGGCCAAGGGAUCGGUCUCCUCCAGGGCCCGUGUGUGCGGAGACGGCGAGCAUCGGCUGCAGAGCUCGGGGGAGGGACUCCGCCUUUUCAGAUCCGCUAGAGGGCAGGGCUACACCUGCUGAGCUCGACCGCUUCCGCCACCAAGAACCCGACGGCAGAAGUCCUCCCUUGUGUGCUAGAGCAUCUCCCAGGAAUAGAAUCUUAAAUCAGCCAAUCUGGAAUCAUCUGGUCAGCACUUAUGAGCAAAUUACAAACAGUACAACAUACGUGGGAAGUUCAUUUCUUUUUCUGUUAAAGCAUGGAACUGUCGUACGAGAAAGCAUCACUACAAUAUCCCCCAAGGAGAUGCCUUCUGCAAAAGUUUUGCUUCCUGCUCUGAGACUCACACCAGCAACACUUCUUCACCCCGGCAGCAGUCCCUUGGCAGCAGCAUUCCAUCUCUAUAAUAGAGGUGAAAAAACUUGCAGUUUUUCCAACAUUCUCAGAAUCUGCCCCAUUAUCCCGCUCAGAAGCACCAGCACAGCCAGCCAGUGCCUGCCCUUGGGUCCGGAUGAUGCAGUGGAGAGAAAAAUAUGUUCAAGUUAUCUUCCUCUUUGUACAAGAACAUCCAACAAGAACCUCCUCCUCCCAACUCCCAGAAGAGAACAACAGCCACUACAACUACAUCACACACAGAGAGAGAGAGAGGCAGAGACACAGGCAGAGACACAGGCAGAGGGAGAAGCAGGCUCCAUGCAGGGAGCCCGACGUGGGAUUCGAUCCCGGGUCUCCAGGAUCGCGCCCUGGGCCAAAGGCAGGCGCCAAACCACUGCGCCACCCAGGGAUCCCAAGGCCUCAUCUCCUAGUACCAUCACACUGGGAAUUAAAAUUUUGAUAUACAAAUCACAUUCAGUUCAUUAUAGACUUGUAAUCCUCCAGGAGUAA